AUGCUCGUAGACUGCGGCAGUAUCAUCACAAUGCUACCAACGACGCCCCGCGCGAAACUGAAGUCCGCGUUCCGGGCGGCCAUGGCGGCUUACCCGCUCGUCCCAAGCGACCCGGACGAGACAUGCUACAACUUCACCGGAUACAGCAACGUCACCGUGCCCAAGGUCGCUCUCACGUUCAGCGGUGGCGUCACGAUUGACCUCGAUGUCCCCAACGGGGUUCUGUUGGACGGCUGUCUAGCCUUCGGCGAGUCCGGGCCAGAUGGUUACGGCGGGACCAUCAGCAACGUCCAAAUGAGAACGUUGGAGAUGUUGUACGACAUUAGGGGUGGUAGACUCGGAUUCCGGCCAGGUGCCUGUUGA